AUGUAUAAAGGAUUCACAAAAAUAUUAGCCAUUUAUCGUUGUAAUAAAAUACAAAAUGUUUAUCCUUUUCUUACCAGCAACGUAAUUUGUACACAUAGAGACAAAAUAGGCCGUUUAGGUUAUAUUUUCGUGAGGACCAAGAAACACGACCGCGGUCAUCCUUUGGCACUAUUUGUUCCUGUACCUGUGAAACCGAAUCCAGAUGACAUAAACAUUGGAGAAGAAUUUACGGGACGUCUGAAGAAACAAGAUCUACUUAAAAUUCUAAACAAAUUCUAUCAAAAACCUGAGGUGCGAGGGCUGGCUGCCGAAAAUGGUUUAGACGAUCAAUUAUUGCAUCAAGCGUUUUUAUCAUUCAGAAGACAUUGUUUAGAACACGAUCUACCUCCAGAUCUGCACAUAACAAUUAGUGAUAUAUUACAAGGUGCUGGACAUGUUGACGAUUUAUUUCCAUAUUUUUUAAGACAUGCAAGACAGGCAUUUCCUCAUUUAGACUGCCUAGAGGACUUAAAACAAAUAUCAGACUUAAGGACACCUGCCAAUUGGUACCCAGAGGCAAGAAGUAAAACACGGAAAAUAAUCUUCCAUGCUGGUCCAACAAACUCCGGAAAGACUUACCAUGCUAUGGAAAGGUUCUUAGAAGCCAAAUCUGGUGUCUACUGUGGCCCUCUGAAGUUGUUGGCAACUGAAAUUUACCAUAAGGCUAAUAAACGUGGUACACCAUGUGACUUAAUAACAGGUGAAGAAAGAAGACAUGCUUCAUUAUACAAUGUAUUAUUGAAUGAACAAGUAACUGAAACGCAAGAAACAGAACCUUUUAUAAGCAACGAAAUAGAAAUGACCCCAUCAAAUCAUGUGGCUUGUACUGUAGAAAUGACAUCAUUAAAUCAUGCGUAUGAAGUUGCAAUAAUAGAUGAAAUUCAAAUGAUUGGUGACAGAGGCAGAGGGUGGGCGUGGACGAGAGCUAUUCUAGGAUUACAAGCUGAAGAGCUCCAUUUGUGUGGUGAAGCUGGAUCUAUAGAACUCAUCGAAGAAAUAUGCAAUACUACUGGUGAAGAGCUAGAGGUCCGUACAUACAAAAGGUUAACAGAACUGAAAGUUGAGCAUUCAGCGUUAGGAUCUCUGGAUAAUGUAAAGGAAGGCGACUGUAUCGUGUGUUUCAAUAAAAACGACAUAUACAGUGUAAGUCGAGCCAUAGAACAGAGGGGUCGAGAAGUAGCAGUGAUUUACGGUAGUCUUCCACCUGGCACUAAGUUGGCACAAGCUAAUAAGUUCAAUGACCCCAACAGUGCUUGCAAAGUCAUGGUGGCCACAGAUGCAAUAGGACUUGGCAUUAAUCUGAGUAUACGAAGAAUUAUAUUCUAUUCGUUAGUAAAGCCAGUGGUUAAUGAAGAUGGUGAUAAAGAAAUGGAUGUUAUCAGUAUAUCUCAGGCGUUACAAAUUGCUGGUCGGGCAGGUCGUUACGGAAGCGCGUGGGAAACUGGUUACGUCACAACAUAUAAACCAGAAGACUUGGCGACUCUCAAGCAAUUGUUAUCCAAGCCGCCGGACAAAGUGACUCAAGCGGGUCUCCAUCCCACCGCUGAGCAACUGGAGCUGUAUGCUUAUCAUCUACCUCAUGCAACACUUAGCAGUCUAAUGGAUAUAUUCGUGCACCUGUGCACGGUGGACGACUCGCUGUACUUCAUGUGCAACACGGAGGGGUUCAAGUUCCUGGCGGAGAUGAUCCAGCACGUGCCGCUGCCGCUGCGCGCGCGCUACGUGUUCUGCUGCGCGCCCAUCAACAACAAGCUGCCCUUCGUCUGCGCUACAUUCCUCAAGAUGGUUCGCCAGUACAGUCGGAACGAGCCACUAACGAAAAACUGGCUGUGUAACUGUGUCGACUGGCCCUUACCUUCACCAAAGACAAUUAUGGAUUUAGUACAUCUUGAAUCUGUAUUCGAUGUACUCGAACUUUAUCUAUGGUUAAGCUAUCGAUUCGCCGAUAUGUUCCCGGACGUCAAGUUGGUACGCGACAUGGAAACGGAACUUGAUGCAAUAAUACAGCAAGGAAUAUUUCAAAUAACUAGGUUGCUGAGAAACUCUGAGCAGGUAUUCCGUGACCAGCCUGAUGAGGACACAAAUAUAGCUAGCAGGCGACCUCUGAGGGGCGGCUCCCACUACAGACAUAAAGGCGACGACAAGGGGAAGCUCUCCGAAAUGCUCGUGGCUAGGGGUCUAAUCACACCACAAAUGUUAAAGAAACUACAACAAGAACUGACCGUGGACAAAAAACCUGAACCAAAGAGUCGAAAUAAUAGAAAUAGGAGGAAAUGA